AUGGUCCCUCCACCAUCCCGGGCGACCCAUUCACAAUCGAGAUCAGGAACGUUUUCACCCAUACCACCGCCCACCCAGGCUGGAGGCCUAAGCUCCGCCGGAAGCCCCAUCACUGGUAGCCCGACCAGUGGCCACAGAUUUGACAAGAGCAUUACCAUUACCCAGAUUUAUGUGCUCUUGAACUUACUCAGGGACAACAACAAGGACCGAGCUAAGUGGGAACUUCAGGCAGACCAGCUCAAGAAGCUCAUCGAUGACCACGGCAUGGAAGUCUUUCCCAGAUACUUCGCCCGGCUGGUAGCCCAAAAUGCCGGCGCUAUCUUCCAGGGCUCCAAUCGCCCGGCUUCAAACGCGGGCGACUACUCCUUGCUCACAGCAGAGAUGGAAAAGAUAUCGCACGACCCCGAACAAGCAAGCAAGAUAGCCGAAUCGAUCGAGACGGGUACCGACAAUGUUUUCAGGAAUUUCGACCUAUCGACUUUCAUGGAGCACUUCAAGCUCGAUGCUCUCGAAAAGACAAUACUGGCAUUAGCCUUCAAAUUCGGUUCCGAUACGAACCUCAAGACGAAGGCUGAUGCGAUUCUCUCUACUAAUUUUCCUACAUUCAUGAACAUCAUUGCGCGUGCAGACUUGCCUGCGCACGCAGAUCUUGACAGCGACUUUAUUGCUUUAAUCGUCGACCGUUAUGUACAGGGCCACCCGCCCAACUUCAACUCAUCUGCCAAGCAGGAGCUCGCCCACAAGGUUCAGGCAAGAUGGUUAUCGUUGGAAACUGCUCCGCCACUCGAAGUUCUCGCCUCGUUGGAUUUGAUGCGCAUACUAGGCGAUAAACCCGCCAAUGCACUCACCCGAUACAUUCAACGAACCGGUGCCGAUUUUACACGGACUGAAGAGGCUUGUCGCGAGUUCCUGGUCAACCGUCCCGAGAACAUUGAUCUCAGCGCGGAACAGGUUUCCUCGGCUUUGUUAUACACCACAAUCAGCCAAACCCCACGGCAUGACCCCUCAAUCCUCGUCGCAGGCCUCAGACGUGUUCUGCCUGCGUCAUUUCCCUGGCAAACAGUUCUCUCGUACUUUGAUCAUCGGGAUGUGAGGGUGUCUGCUUCGCAAUUUUUGCGCAUCUACCAAGCCCUACUGCCUAUUGCGCAGCAGGGGCAGGGCCUGCCCUUUGAUAUACAAUCUCUCUGGGGAGGCUCACAUUGGGACAAUCCCGAGACGCAACUCGCAUUUAUUUGCGCUUUCGCUUCCUUGACACCUCAGCAACUGGACGCGACAACUAUACCGGGUUUGCAGACAACCUUUUCUCUUGACGAGUACGAUCAAUCACCCCAAGAAGUCCGCGAUAGAGCUGCGGAAGCUAUCAAGCAUCCUCUUGUCUCUGUAUUCGCCUUGUCAGCUAUUUUCCAGGUCGCUCUGCACUCACUUCAUGCGUCUCAGAGCAACGAGGCCAAGAGGUUGUUUCAGCAUGUUGUGAUCCCCAACCUCGAUGUAUUCCUUGUGUCUGCAUUCGGGGUUCCAAAGCCUUGGCCUAGUAUGGCCAUGGAUACUAUGGGUUCGCUUUUCGCCGAAUUUUUGCUCAAGGAGAAUUCCCUCAGUCCCUUUGUUAUGGACAGCCUCUGGAGAAAGGAUAAAAAUUGGGUGAUGGAACGUCUUUUUGAAGCUCAUGCCAUAACGCCACUGGACCUUCCCAUCAUCUUUAGGCAUGCUGUGAAGCACGGCUGGCUCAACGACUUGGUGUAUCUGUCAAAUGGAUUUGGUUAUGAUCUGGCUGCCUUGGCUCAUGCCGAAGGCUACCUUGAUCUUCAGGAGUGGGCAAAUGUCAACAUGCGUCAAGCCGACAACGUCGCACGCUCACUUCUGCAAUUCCUGCACAUCAAAGCUGACAUGGAAUUGCGGUUCCAACGACCCGCAGAAGGCCAGCCACCAAGAAAGGAAAGUUGGCCAUUGCAAGUCAAGACCGUUUCCGCAAUGCUGCAGAUCCUCGAGGACUUCAUGCCAAGAUCACCUCUCCCUGAGUUGGUCAUGGUCCAGCGCCAGUGUAUCAUUGCCUACCCGCGGUUGAUCAACUACGGCGAAGGCUCCGAUGACAUAAUCAAUGCAAAUGGUGCGACUGGAAAUGCGCUUACUCCGCAGGCAGUGGUCCGUAUGGAGGAGCACUUCAAGACCAUGUACUCCGGUGACAUCCAAGUAAAGGAUAUUGUAGACACUCUCCUACGAUACAAGCACUCUCGCGACCCGCUGGACCAAGACGUAUUCGCUUGCAUGAUCCACGGAUUAUUUGACGAAUACUCUCACUUCCCCGACUAUCCAUUGGAAGCGUUAGCGACGACUGCGGUACUCUUCGGUGGUAUCAUAUCUCGUAAAUUGAUAUCAGAACUGCCUCUCAAGAUUGGGCUUGGCAUGAUUCUUGAGGCUGUUCGAGACCAUUCUCCCGAUGAGUCAAUGUACAAAUUCGGACUUCAGGCACUCAUGCAGUUGUUCAGCCGCUUCCGCGAGUGGCCGGGCUUCUGCAAUCAGCUGAUCCAGAUUCCCGGCUUGCAGGGCACGGAGGCAUGGAAGAAGGCGAUCGAGGUUGCCAAAGAUAGUGAGGAUGAAUCUUCUCGAACCCAAAAUGGCGGGACGGGUGCUUCUCAUAGUGGUAGUGAGAACCAAGUCAACGGCACACCUGGUGCAGGCGAGGGCUCUUUCCCACCAUUUGCGUCCGUUCAUGCGGACCAACCCCCUCCUGGUGCUCACUUUGAGACUCCUAACGAGAGCAUUCAAGAUACGAUUCAGUUUGGCCUCAACAAUCUCACGGCCUCCAAGCUCCAAGGCGUACAUGCUGACAUUCGACAACUUCUCGAAUUUCGAUACCAGCAGUGGUUUGCAAGCCACUUGGUCGAGGAGCGAGCAAAGAUGCAACCUAAUUAUCACCAAGUCUACCUCGAUCUUGUGCGGCUCUUCCAGGACAAGGCACUCUCCGCCGAGGUGCUGAGACAGACGUAUGUUAGUGUCGCACGGAUGAUCAAUUCUGAGAGCACCAUGCAAAACUCUACGGAGCGAACGCACCUGAAGAAUUUGGGCGCAUGGCUUGGACUUUUGACCAUUGCCAGAGACCAGCCCAUCAAGCAUCGGAACAUUGCCUUCAAGCAACUCCUAGUUGAAGCCUAUGAUACCAAACGGCUGAUCGUGGUUAUACCGUUUGUCUGUAAAGUUCUCAUUCAAGGUGUUCGGUCUACUGUGUACCGACCCCCGAAUCCUUGGCUAAUGGACAUACUACACCUGCUCAUCGAACUUUACCACAAUGGUGAUCUGAAGCUCAACUUGAAGUUCGAGAUCGAAGUUCUAUGCAAAGACUUGAAUCUCGACCACAAGAGCAUCGAGCCGUCACAGGAGCUUUCACAGCAUCGCGCACAGAUCGAUGAGAUUACUGACCUGGCUACCGCCGAGGCUCUCGAGCCUUUUGAGAAUCUCUCGAUUAAUGGCGUCUCAGGCGCACCAGGCUUGUCGCCUCACCCGGUGCAAGUGUCCAUUCCAGACCUGACUUCGCAAAUCUCGAUUCCUCCUAGCAAUGAAAUGGUUGUUAGCGCCAGUCGCUUGCUCGAUAUCGUUCGUCAAGCCCUGACUCGAGCGCUCAACGACAUCAUUACGCCUGUUGUGGAUAGAUCCGUCACUAUUGCUGCUAUUUCCACCGCACAGAUGAUCCACAAAGAUUUUGCUACCGAGGCUGAUGAGAAAAGGAUUCGCGACUCUGCCACUACGAUGGUGAAGGCUACUGCUGGGAGUUUGGCUCUGGUUACUAGCAAAGAACCUCUGCGUGCAAACAUCACCAACUACAUGCGCCAACUGUCAAGCGAACUACAACAGCCACUUCCUGAAGGCACAAUCAUCAUGUGCGUCACGUCGAACUUAGAUCUCGCCUGCAGUGUGAUCGAGAAGCAUGCUGAAGAACGAGCUGUCCCCGAGAUUGAAGAGAUGAUCGAGCAGGAGCUUGAGGCUCGACGUCAUCACCGCCGCCAGCGACCCAAUGAGCCGUAUAUCGACCCGCUCAUUAGUCGCUGGUCAAUGACUAUUCCGAACCCGUACAAGUUAUCUCCCAACAUGGGCGGCUUGAAUCAAGAACAACUCGCGAUCUACGAGGAAUUUGGCAGACAGUCGCGUGCUUUGGCCCCAGCCACCCAAACCCACGCUGCUUCAGCCUCUGAUGCUACACGCAACAUUGCCAACGAGGUUCUUCAAGAUCAGUACAGCGUCGUUCCUCCGAACGUCUCGACCCCUGGGGAGACUCCAUCCAUGCCUCCGCACAUGCCUGCCCAAAUCCCGUACCCACACGUGCAGCAAACUCCCAUGACAAACGGCCGACCCGCAGUAGCCCCUAUCAACCAGGUCGAUGCUCGUGCUCUUGCAGAGCGGGUGCAGAAGUUGCUGUCGGAGCUGCAACGUGCUGCUGCAGAGGCGCGUGAGGACCAUUUCAGUGAUUUGCCUAGAAACCAUCCUGUUAUGGAAGCUGUCGAUGCGCUCACGCAGCUCAUCAUUAGAACAUCCCAGUCAUCUGAUGAUUUCGCCGUUUAUGCGGCAGAGAAGAUCACACAAACUCUGUUCAGUCAGCCUGACCACAACUCGCUGAUUCUUGAGAGCCUGGUCCACAUUCUCGAGUCCUUGCUGAAAAUCUAUGGAUCGGGGGCAGUCCUCAUCGAGAGAGUGCAGGCAUUGGUUGAAAAUCAGCCAUUGCAGAGCUUCCUGAACGUCCAUCUUGUCACUGCCUUGAUGCCUACCGAACUUCUGAACCUGCAGCUCCUUGAUGAAGCGGCCAAGACGGCACUUAUGCAACGCAAGGACGGUGCACUCGAGUACUUUGAGAGAUUAUGGGAUCUGACACUCGGCAGCGAAAGACCGAUUGCUCUGUAUGGCGACUUCAUUGGCAGUCUACCACAAGCAUGGCGUUGGAUCAUGGCUGAACCGGAUCUCGAAAUCAGUCAGCGCCUCAAGGCAAAGAUCCUGAGCUCGGGUGUACUGCCACCAGGCCACCUAGUUCAGAAUUCUCAGCUCGACCAGUUUGAAUACCUCUUUGAGGAGUGGAUCCGACAAUACUUCAAUCACAGCACUCCCGAUAAGGCAGCGACCUCAUUCGUGAAGCAGCUCUUGGAGAGAGGCGCUAUUGCCAACAAGGAUGAUCUCAUGACCUUCCUUCGCCGGGCUCUAGAGAUGGCGAUUACCUUUCAUGAGCAGACAACACUUGCCGGCAUCGCGCAUGACAGUACUAAUGCCAUUGAUGCAUUGGCAAGUCUUGUCGGUGUGCUGGCUCAGGUCAACUUCAUGCAAGUCAAUGACGCUGGACGCGGAAUCGUGGUAGUCUUUGAUGCCGUUUUCAUGCUUGGAUCACUGGUGCUCAAUCAUCAUCACACACAACGUGGCGAGCACUUCAACGCCCGUGCGUUCUAUCGCUUCUUCGCCAUGUUGCUCUGCGAGGCGCACCGUGUCCUAGAUCAGUCUGCAUUGUCAGGAGCAACCUCUCCAACCGACCUCGUCCUUCAUCGUAAGCAGCUUCUCUUGCGCCUGGCCGAUACUCUUGUGCAAAUUGUACCAGAGCGUUUCCCCGGCUUCGCCUUCCACUGGCUGGAAUUGAUCCAGCACCGGCUCUUUAUGCCAAUGAUCUUGACCCCUAAACCUACUCGUGGCUGGUUUCAAUUCAUGCAGCUGUUGUCGGCUCUCCUGCGCAAUGUCAGUGAACACCUCAAAGUGACUGAUAUGGCCGAUGUCGCCAAGGAGUUUGUCAGAGCGGCGACCAAAUUUAUGGUCAUUCUUCAGCACGAUUAUCCCGACUUUGUAGCCGGACACCACGCGGAGCUGUGUGGCCUCCUUCCCCCACAUGCGACGCAAAUUCGCAACAUCAUCCUGUCGGCGACGCCACGUGGAGAUGAGCUGAGUGAAGACACCAUCGAGAUCGCCAUGAUCCCUUACAACACGGCCGAGGCUUAUCUCGAAGAACACGGGCUGCUUGAUCUCGUUGGUCAACUGGUUCACCAUGGACCAUCGGAGGAUGCUGUGGCUCACUUGACUCAUGCCAUCAGCCGCAAUGAGGCUCGACAAACCAUAUUUGCAAAUGUGCCCAUCACAACAAACACAAACCUUGUGAAUGCUGUGGUGUUGCACAUUGGUACGUCCGCCAUCAACCGAGCAAAGCAGGAUGGUGGUGAGCUGUUCAACCCCCGAUCCCCCGACGCGGCUACGCUGUCUCUUUUGGCUCAUGAGCUGAACCCCGAGGCGCGCUAUUUCUUCCUGACAAGCGUCGUCGACGAGUUGCGAUCCACUGGACCUCACUCAAGCUACUUUAGCAAACUCUUGUUUGAGCUCUGGGGCCAGGACGUCAAUGAUCCAGAGGAGCUCGAUAUUCGUCAGGAGAUAGCUCGCAUCCUCCUCGAGCGUUUCUCUGGGUUUUGGCCCCAGCCGUGGAGUCUGGCUUAUGUGACUCUCGAACUCCUUAGGAAUGAGAAGUACAUGUUCUUCGAUCAGCCCUUUAUCAAGGCCGACAGAGAGGUACGAGAUAGGUUCCAGAGUAUCUUUAGAAGCGUCGAGAACCUGUCAUAA